AUGGAGAGUGGAGCAGGAAAGCACUGGACUGAAGAAGAGGUUAAAGCUUUGCUUAGUGUCUGGGCAGAAAAAAAUAUACGAGAACAACUUUAUGGAACCCUGAGAAAUAAAGGAAUAUUCAUUUACAUUGCUAAAAGGCUGCAAGCACUAGGAGUAUACAGAGACUGGAAACAGUGCCGGGCAAAGUACAAAAAUCUCAAAUAUGAAUACAGAACAGUUAAAUAUGCUCAUAACUCUGGAGACAGCUCUAAAACUAUGAAGUUCUUCCAUGAUUUGGAUGCAAUCCUGCAGUAUGAACCUGCCACACAAUUAACAGAGGAAGAUGCAAAUGGCAGGUGCCUGGCAACGCUGAGCGAAAGUGCAGCUCCAGGGACCACUGAAGGUAACUCUACAUCAAUCAUGGAACCCUCUAUUAAUCCAACUUUUAUUCCAACUAUAGCAAAUGAAGGAGGAAAACACUGGACUGUGCCAGAAGUCAGGGCUCUAAUUGGCAUCUGGUCUGAUAUAAGUAUACAACAACAACUAGAAGGAACAGUGAGAAAUAAAAGGAUAUUUGAACAAAUUGCUGCCAAGCUUCAGAAAUCUGGAAUAGAGAGAGACUGGAAGCAGUGCAGAACAAAGUACAAAAACUUAAAACAUGAAUACAAGAUUGUAAGAAUGGCUCAAGACCAAGGCAUAACUAAGAGUAUGAAAUUUUUUACGGAGUUGGAUGCUAUUCUGGGACAUAAUAAAACAGAAAAAUCACAACAAUGGGAAUUCCAAGAUGAAGAACAAGCUACCGGAUGUGCCAAUGUAAAAACAGAAGAGGAUCAGACAGAAUUAUUUGAAGGUCAUACCAAAAACCCAAGAACUUUGAGCGUCAAAAGAAAAGCACAUGAAGAUGGACCAGUGUCUGUAUCUCUUAAGAAAACUGCUCCUGAGAUCACUGCAAAUAGGUUUCCUCAAAGCACAACAGAACGAAAAGAUUCUACAGAAUGUUUCUACAGAAAGGAAACCCCCUACAUGAUCCAACUUCAUCAGAGUCUUGCCUGUCUUCCCGGCGCGGCCGCUGCCUCCAGCCCACGCAGGAUAAUGGCGACAGCUGAGGUAUUGAAUAUUGGUAAAAAACUCUAUGAGGGUAAAACAAAAGAAGUUUAUGAAUUGCCAGAUAGUCCAGGAAAAGUCCUCCUGCAGUCCAAGGACCAGAUAACAGCAGGAAAUGCAGCCAGAAAGAAUCACCUGGAAGGAAAAGCUGCAAUCUCAAAUAAAAUUACCAGUUGUAUUUUUCAGUUGUUAAAGGAAGCAGGUAUCAAAACUGCUUUCGCCAGAAAAUGUGGGGAGACAGCUUUCAUUGCACCUAAGUGUGAAAUGAUUCCAAUUGAAUGGGUUUGUAGAAGAAUAGCAACUGGUUCUUUUCUCAAAAGGAAUCCUGGUGUCAAGGAGGGAUAUAAGUUUUACCCACCUAAAGUGGAGCUGUUUUUCAAGGACGAUGCCAAUAACGAUCCACAGUGGUCUGAGGAACAGCUAAUUGCUGCAAAAUUUUGCUUUGCUGGACUUGUUAUAGGCCAGACUGAAGUGGAUAUCAUGAGUCAUGCUACACAGGCUAUUUUUGAAAUACUGGAGAAAUCCUGGUUGCCCCAGAACUGUACGCUGGUUGAUAUGAAGAUUGAAUUUGGUGUUGAUGUAACCACCAAAGAAAUUGUUCUUGCUGAUGUUAUUGAUAAUGAUUCCUGGAGACUCUGGCCAUCAGGAGAUCGAAGCCAACAGAAAGAUAAACAGUCCUAUCGUGACCUCAAGGAAGUAACUCCCGAAGGGCUCCAGAUGGUGAAGAAAAAUUUUGAGUGGGUUGCAGAAAGAGUGGAGUUGCUUCUGAAAUCAGAAAGUCAGUGCAGAGUUGUAGUAUUGAUGGGCUCAACUUCUGAUCUCAGUCACUGUGAAAAAAUCAAGAAGGCUUGUGGAAAUUUUGGCAUUCCAUGUGAACUUCGGGUAACAUCUGCCCAUAAAGGACCAGAUGAAACUCUGAGGAUUAAAGCAGAGUAUGAAGGGGAUGGCAUUCCUACUGUUUUUGUGGCAGUGGCAGGCAGAAGCAAUGGUUUAGGACCAGUGAUGUCUGGUAACACUGCAUACCCAGUUAUCAGCUGCCCUCCACUCACUCCAGACUGGGGAGCUCAGGAUGUGUGGUCUUCUCUUCGACUACCCAGUGGUCUUGGCUGUUCAACCAUACUUUCUCCAGAAGGAUCAGCUCAGUUUGCUGCUCAGAUAUUUGGAUUAAACAACCAUUUGGUAUGGGCUAAACUGCGAGCAAGUGUAUUGAACACAUGGAUUUCCUUGAAGCAGGCUGACAAGAAAAUCCGAGAGGGCAAUUUAUAAAACAUCAUUGCUUUUUUUUUUUUUUUUUUUGAGAAAAGCUGCAUUUCUUGUUUAAAACGUUUCAGAAAAAAAUCAAGAUGAAAAGUUUUUAAAUCAGUCAAAGAAAACAAUAAAAUUUACUAGUGAAUAAA